CCUCCAAAAUUUUCAUUUCCCUCUAUACAAGUCUCUCUCCCUUCACUUUCAGCCCCGAACCCCAAACAAAUUUCAUUCCCAAACCUCAAACCCCAAAUGCAUUUCAGACUCAAACCCCAAACCCCAAAUGCAAAGAUCGAAACCCCAAACCGCAUAGACUUAUACCGAAUCGGAAACCACAAACUCAGAAAGCAAAUCGGAAACCCUCUAUCAGCUAACGUUCUUCCAAGCUCCAUCGGAGACGGUUCUAGAAAUUAGAUGAGAAUAAACUUCCAAGCUAUCUCUAUCUGUAGGCUGUGUAGCAGCUUUCAGUUUCUAAAGGUUGCUUCAGGAAGUGCAUCUUAUGGUGAAGUACGGUCUACGUCCUGGCACUUUGAAGGGUGCAUUAUUUCAAAUUUUUCUAGAACAAGGAAACAAUGGAUUGAAAGUUUCUGACAUGGCAAAGUCUUUUCCAAUUUUUGAUUUAAAACUGGCCAGCACUACUGAGGAAUUGGAGUGUUUAAUAUGUUCAAUGUUAUCAAGUGAAAUAACUUUAUUUGAAAAGAUCUCGCUGACCACAUACCGUCUACGGAUAAACUCUAUCCUUAAGAAAGUAGAGGAGCUACAGUCAGAUAUCGAAGACUUUGGAGCAGUUGAUGAUGGCCUCAGUGAGAGUGAUGCAUAUAGUAGCGACGAAGAUUCAAGAUGUGAUGCAAAAGAUUCCACUCUUAUAGAAGUGAAAAAAUUAAACAACAAAAAAAAUCAAAAUGGCUUAUUAAACGACUACACUGAAAUUGAUGAGAGCCAUCCUAGUGAAUCAUGGCUAUUAGGACUGAUGGAAGGUGAAUAUUCAGAUUUAAGCAUUGAAGAAAAGUUGAAUGUCAUGGUAGCUUUGAUUGAUCUACUUCGUGAAGGAUCCAGCAUCAGAAUGGAGUCUGUUAUGCUUGAAGACGCUUUAAUUGGUGCUUGGACAAAAUCUGCCCACAAGUUAUGGGUCAAAUGGCUCAGACACACCUCGUCUUUGCAAGAGCUUAUGCAGAUUCUUACAGAUUUUAUUGCUACUCAUUCUGUGUUGUUUUGUUUGUUUUAUUUCAUAGCUCCGAUAUUGCCAUUUAUGGAGUUUUUAUUGGGUUUGCUUUAAUUCUGGCCAGUACAGAUUAGAACUCCUUCUAUUCGGAAAGCCCACGAGAAUAUCGAUAAGACUCUAAAGUUAUAUUGGCACAAUUUGAUCUUGCUCGUCAGGUUGUUACUUAAGAUUUAUCCGUGUUUUAUUUUUCUGUUCCUUUGAUUAUUAAGAUCAUUCUCUGUACCUCUGUACUCACCUGAAUCCAUUGACUAUAUACAAAUUUUUAUUAGUGAUUUUGAGGUAUUUUCUUUUUGAUUUA